GCUCGUUUCAGCUUGCUAUAGGCACCAACCAUUUCUCUUCUGCUGAUAUUUCCUUUUUUCACGAUGGCCGGACGUAGGGCUUUUCUACAUUUGUUGGGUAUUUUUGUGUUUGCAGUAGGAAGCUUGAAACAGUAUUUUGUUAAUGGCGAAAGCAAAGUGCCUUGUUAUUUCAUUUUUGGAGACUCCUUGGUGGAUAGCGGCAAUAAUAACAACCUUGCAACUAAUGCGAAAGUCAACUAUCCGCCGUACGGGAUUGACUUCCCGGAGGGUCCGACCGGAAGGUUUUGUAAUGGCCGAACUACUGCUGAUGUAAUAGGUGAACUCUUGGGCUUUGACAACUUCAUUCCAUCGUUUUUAAGUGCUAAGGGCUCAGAAAUACUUAAAGGUGUAAACUAUGCAUCUGGUUCUGCAGGAAUUCGAUCUGAAACUGGCAAGCAAUUGGGUGUAAACAUCGACUUGAAGAACCAGCUGCAGAAUCACCAAGUCACCAUAUCCCACAUACUUGAUCUGCUAGGAACCCAAGAUUCAGCUACAGAAUACCUAAGCAAGUGCUUCUAUUCCUUUGUAAUUGGAAGCAAUGAUUACAUUAACAACUAUUUCUUGCCACAAUUUUACAAUACCAGCCGCCAGUAUACUCCGGAGCAAUAUGCUGAAGUUCUUAUGGAAGAUUACUCUCAACAUAUUAUGACAUUGUACAAUUCUGGAGCAAGAAAGGUGGCCUUGACUGGAAUUGGACCUAUAGGCUGCACACCAGGAGCUAUUGCUACUUAUGAUACAAAUGGUUCUUUAUGUGUGGAUUCAAUGAACCAAGCAGCCAAUCUCUUCAAUAAUAGGCUUAAACUACUCGUAGAUCAGCUCAACAGGAAUCUACUUGGGGCACAGUUUAUCUACAUGAACACUUAUGGAAUUGUCUCAGAAUAUGCUGCUUCUCCUGCUUUUGAGAUUAAAAUCAAGGGUUGCUGUAAGGUAAAUGAAUUUGGCCUGUGCAUCCCUUCCGAAGUUCCAUGUGAUCACAGGAAUUUGCACUUGUUCUGGGAUGAUUUUCACCCUAGUGAAAUCGCAAACAAGCUCAGUGCAGGAAUCUCAUAUCUAUCUCUGAAGAAGAUCCUUUGAAGCUUUAUAGAUAUUCAUCACACCAUAGUCGGAGAAAGAAAUUUAUAAAUUAUAUGUAUCAUGUAUAUUAAUUAUUCAAUCAUUUAUGUCAAUUUAUUUCAUAAUAAAAUUCAUCUGCAUCACUUUAA